AUGAAUAGAGCAAGUAGUGCCUCCGGUAGUGUUAGCAUUGAUGGGACUAGUAGUUGUCCCGACAAUGAUUACAUGAAUAGAGCAAGUAGUGUCUCCGGUAGUGCUAGCAUUGAUGGGUCCAGUAGUUGUCCCGACAAUGAUUACAUGAAUAGAGCAAGUAGUGUCACCGAUAGUGCUAGCAUUAAUGGGUCCAGUAGUUACCCCGACAAUGAUUACAUGAAAAUAGCAAGUAGUGCCUCCGAUAGUGUUAGCAUUGAUGGGUCCAGUAGUUGUCCCGACAAUAAUUACAUGAAUAGAGCAAGUAGUGCCUCCGGUAGUGCUAGCAUUGAUGGGUCCAGUAGUUGUUCCGACAAUGAUUACAUGAAUAAAGCAAGUAGUGCCGCCGGAAGUAUUAGCAUUGAUGGGUCCAGUAGUUGCCCCGACAAUGAUUACAUAAAUAGAGCAAGUAGUGCCUCCGGUAGUGCUAGCAUUGAUGGGUCCAGUAGUUGUCCCGACAAUAAUUACAUGAAUAUAGCAAGUAGUGCCUCCGGUAAUGCUAGCAUUGAUGGGUCCAGUAGUUGUCCCGACAAUGAUUACAUGAAUAUAGCAAGUAGUGCCUCCGGUAAUGCUAGCAUUGAUGGGUCCAGUAGUUGUCCCGACAAUGAUUACAUGAAUACAGCAAGUAGUGCCGCCGAUAGUAUAUGCAUUGACGGGUCCAGUAGUUGCCACGAGAAAGAUUACAUGAAUAGAAGAAGUAGUGCCUCCGGUUCCGGUAGUGCUAGCAUUGAUGGGACUAGUAGUUGUCCGGACAAUGAUUACAUGAAUAGAGCAAGUAGUGCCGCCGAUAGUAUUAGCAUUGAUGGUUCCAGUAGUUGCCCCGACAAUGAUUACAUGAAUAGAGGAAGUAGUGCCUCCGGUAGUGCUAGCAUUGAUGGGACCAGUAGUUGUCCCAACAAUGAUUACAUGAAUAGAGCAAAUAGUGCCUCCGGUAGUAUUAGCAUUGAUUGGACCAGUAGUUGCCCCGACAAUGUUUACAUGAAUAGAGCAAAUAGUGCCGCCGAUAGUUUAGAAUUGAUGGAGCCAGUAAUUGUCCCGACAAUGAUUUCAUGA